GUGGUUCCUUAAAAAGCAAAGCAUAGCCUAGAUCCGAGGGCUGGCUGUGCCAUGGCCGAGGCGGAUGCGCCGACGGCGGCGCCUUUGUGUGGUGGUAGUGGUUCUGUCACCCGAGUACCUCUUUGUGCCCUUCCAGGCGACGUCUGCGGCUGCUGCGGAGGCGAAGCUGCUGGCCAUGUGGCGUCAGAGGUCGCCGCCCGACGAGUUCGUUUUCGGGUCGGUGAUCCACCGCUGGGCCCAGCUCGGCGACUCAGGCCGCGCCGUAGCGCUUCUGCACAAAAUGCGGGAGGUGGUCGAGCCCGAUGUGGCAUGCUACAAUUCGGCCAUCCACGCGUGCGCGAGGGCAGAUGACCUGGAGCAGGCCUUUCAGCUACUCAACGACAUGACGCAACGACUGGCGCCCACCGAGCUGACCUUCAACUCACUCCUCAACGCCUGCGCCAGGCGAGGCGACAUGAAGGAGGCCGAGAACAUGCUGAGGGCCAUGCGGGCCAGGCGCUUGCAGCCCGACGGCAUCAGCUACAACAGCGUCAUCAGUGCCUGCGCCAAGGCCAGAUCUUCGAGGCGAGCGCUGGAGUUUCUGGACGAGAUGUUCGCGGAGUCCCAGCCUGACCUGGUGUCCUUCAAUGCCGCGAUGAGCGCCCUAGCGCAAGAAGGAGACUUGGACGAGGCGCACCGGCUGCUGCAGGAGAUCCAGGAGUUUCAGCUGAGGCCGGAUGUGUUCACCUACAGCUCCUUGAUCGGAGCAUCAGCCAAGGCCGCGCAGCCGGCGGCCGCCCUGGCCUGGCUUCGGGAGAUGCACACGAGGCAUGUGCGGCCCAACGCUGUGGUCUACAACUCCGCCCUGGCUGCACUUCCGCCAGAAGAUGCGGAGGAGCUUCUGGCGGAGAUGGUCCGGGAAGAGGUGAGGGGCGAAGUUCAGUUGGCUGAUGUCUGCACCCCACUGUGA